UUUACUUUUAUUUCAGAGUUGAUUGAAGAAAUUGAGGAGAAUGAAGAAUCGGGUGAAGUUGAGGAAAAAAAUCAUGUAAAAACUGGAGAAAAACUUUUGAGUUGCUCACAAACCAAACUGAAAGAUUUAAAGAAAAGAAUAGCUAAGAAAUCUUUCACCUGCACUCAGUGUGGAAAGAGUUUCACACGUAAAUCAAAUCUUAAUCGUCACAUGAGAGUUCAUACUGGAGAGAAACCAUUCACUUGUGACAAAUCUGCACACCUUUAUGAACACAUGGACAUGCACACUGCAGAGAACCAGCACGCAUGCGAUCAGUGCGGUAAAAUGUUUUUAUGGGCUUCAGAUCUUCAGAAACAUUUGAAAGUUCAUUCAAAGGAGAAGGCAUAUUCAUGUAAUUUGUGUGGUAAGAGUUUUUUGAGUCUACAACAUUUGAAAGAGCAUCAGAAAAUACAUACUGCUGUGGGAGAGUACAUGUGCUUUGAGUGUGAAAAGACUUUUACUUCCGCAAAUUCUUUAAAACUGCACGAGAAGAUUCACACAGGAGAAAAACCUUAUAAGUGUCCAUACUGCAACAAGGGAUUCAGUGAUUCAAGAGACCUAAAAAGACAUGAGAGGAUCCAUACUGGAGUGAAACCUUAUAAGUGUUUACAAUGUGACAAGAGAUUCAGUCAGUCAGAAAAUCUGAAAAGACACAAUAGGACCCAUACUGGAGUAAAACCUUAUGAGUGUUCACAAUGUGACAAGAGUUUCAGUCAAUCGGUACAUCUGAAAAGACACAGUAGGAUCCAUACUGGAGUAAAACCUUAUAAGUGUUCACACUGUGACGAGAGAUUCAUUGAUAUGGAAGACCUAAAAAGACAUGAGAGGAUCCACACUGGAGAGAAACCUUAUAAGUGUUCACACUGUGACAAGAGAUUCCGUCAGUAUACAUCUCUUAAAACACACGAGAGAAUUCACACUGGAGAGAAACCUUAUAAUUGUUCACACUGUGACAAGAGAUUCAGUCAGUCAGCAACUCUGAAAUCACAUGAGAGGAUCCAUACUGGAGAGAAACCUUAUAAGUGUUCACACUGUGACAAGAGAUUCCGUCAGUAUAAAUCUCUUAAAACACACGAGAGGAUUCACACUGGAGAGAAACCGUAUCACUGCACUGCAUGUGGGAAGUGUUUCAUUCAAUCAUCCUCUCUACACAGUCAUAUGAAAAACAAUCACAGCAAGUCUCUGUACAAACAGAGACAUGUUUAGCUAUAUACGUAAAAAAAAAAAGUGUAUCAUAUAGGCCUUUCAUCCAGACAGAUCGGCCAUUUUUGGGAGCCUGCUUAUUGCUAAUUGUGAAACUUUUUUUUUUUACACUGUUUCCCAGAGUGGAUACGUCUGAAAAUGACACAUCCAUAUAUUUUGUGAAAUAAAAUAGUGAUCACCCCACAUCUCUACCUCAACAGCAAUAACAGGUGGACUACAUGCUUGUGUUCGUGCAGCAGAAGCCUAUUAGCUUUACUGACUUAUUGUUUUUGUGUUGGAGCAUGUGCAUAAACUUUGCUGCACGCUGUAAACAAAACCAAGUCAUCAUCAUCUUUUUUAGAGUGUCUCUGGCAGAAUUACAGCACCGCAUAUUGUAUGGUAUGAAAACUACAUCAUUUUGAGUCAGUUUCGUUUAUACACAGAUAUUUCUUGAGACGACGCUGUUUUUAUGGAAGAACGAGAAAUAAAAAGAUUGGAUAUGGAAA